GUUUACGAGAAUAUUUUUGUGCAGCUCAGUUGAGACCUUUGAUAUGUUUGUGCUGUCCGGAUUACACUGCAGGAUGGAAAAAUGUGGAAGGGGACACGGUCAAAACAAUACCGAUUAAAGCCAUAAUAGCUGACACAAAACUACAGAGCAAAAUUAAUUUGGCAGAUGAACCUAUAUUACAAGUAAUGAUAUCUGCAUGGAACGAAGCAAUUAGAAUCUGUGGUUUAGAAAAUGCCUCUAAACUUUUAAGAUGGUGCGCUUAUGAUUCGGACUUCAUCCCAAAUCAACAUGAUGAUAGAUUCAAGAAGUGGAUUUCAAAAGGCCUAACUAAUUACUAUUCUUUUGUUCAUAAGGGGACGUUCCAAUGUUUUGAGACCCUGAAAAAAAAACAUGAUUUAUGUGCAGAUGACUUUUUUAGAUUUUUACAGAUCAGAAAUUAUUUUAAUAAAGAGCUAAAAGUACAUUUGCAUAAUCUGAGAUUUGUGGAAACGUUUAUAUUACUAACUAAAUCAAAACCAGACAAAACUAUUUCCAGGUUAUAUGACGCCAUCCUGCGGUGUAAGAAGGACAGCACCAUCUAUAUUAAAGUGAAGUGGGAAAAAGAAGCCAGCCUGACAAUUUCAGAAGAAGAUUGGGGCCACAUCUGUAAGAUACCAUGGACAACAACAAGAUUGAGGGUUUGGCGUGAAUUCUGCUGGAAAAAUAUUAUAAGAUUUUUCAUAACCCCAAAGCAGAAACGAUACCAGGGAAGGGGUUUUACCUGCUGGAGAUGCGGAAGGGAUGGUGCCAAUCAUUUCCAUAUUUUCUGGGACUGCCAAACCAUUCAACAAUAUUGGUCUCAAAUCCAUAACCAUUUACAGAACAUCUUCACUGCUAAUUUUCCUUUAACUUUUGAAUGCAUAUUUCUAUGUAACAUACCAGUGGACAAUAUGAACUACAACGACCAAAAACUUCUGUUCAUUUUACUGGCCGGGAGCAAAAAGGCCCUCACAAGAAAAUGGCUUAAACGGGAACCUCCAACAACUGACGACUGGAUAAAUGUAGUGAAAGAGAUCUAUGUACUAGAGAGACUGUCUUUUUCCAUUAAUGUGCAGAGAGACACUUUCUACAAGAUAUGGUCAAAGUGGACAGAAUAUGUCAAACC